AUGGAGACUUGGAUGGGUGCUCAUCAUGAGAAGCGAACUCCCCAAAGUCUUGUGGUUACCAUUGGCCAAGCCCACAAGUUCAGAGUGAAGAAAAGAAUGGUGAAAGGAGGUACGAAGAGGAAGCCUGAGAUGAAGAAGAUCACAAACAAAGCUUCGCGCGCUACAACUUUUUCGAAACGCAGAGACGGUCUCUACAGCAAAGCGGCUCAGCUUUGUGUUCUCUCCGACGCUCAAAUCGCUAUCUUAGCGACACCGUCGUCUUCUUCCAACUCCAACGCUUCUUUCUUCUCGUUUGGUCACUCCUCCGUUGAGUCCGUUGUCUCGGCUUAUCUCGCCGGACAGAGACUUCCUCCUGUUUCAUCAUCUCGUGACACGAGAGAAGACCUCGGUAUAUGUAUGGCUCGCAAGGAUCUAGGGUUAGGGUUUUGGUGGGACGACGACAAGCUUGCCAAUUCGAAGAAUCCGGAGGAACUUAUGGAAGCGAUGGAGUCUAUGAAAGUACUCAUGAGUCAUCUCAAGGGUUUGGAGGAUCAAACCCUAUCAACGGUCGAUCAAUCACCUGACUUGGAUGAAUGGAGCGAGAUGGAACUUACUCAACUCCUCCAAGAUUGUGAUGAUGUACCACCACCACCUCCUCUUGUUAGCAACACUGACAAAGAAGAAGAGGAUCAGACUGUAUCUGACAACAACAACAACAACUCUGUAUCAUCAUUACCUGCUGCAGCCGAAAAAAGCUUGGAAGAAGUGACGAUGGAUCUUGAUUUUGAUACUAUUUUUGAAGGUUUGCUAUCCUAUGAUGAUGAGGAUCUCUUCUGGUCUGAUGACCUAUUGUUCAUGUAA